CUACGGGUCUAGAAACAGCAAUGCCAUGCGCGCGUCUUAAAUUUCACCCCUGCCGUGGCCGUCGUACUCUAGUGCUCCCAUGGCGUGGCGCCGUUGGUGGAUCAGUAGUAUGUAAGUCGGACGCAGCUGGGUUUACUCAGUGAUCCAGUACAUGGUUCAUGAGCUGAUGAGCUGCAGUUGCAGCGAACCCACUUGCUGCUUCGGGGAGUGCAGAGCUCUCUGUAGUCGCACCGAGUGCUGUCCCGGUGGUGGCUAAUAAUCAAGCCGUGAUCAGCUCAUGCUAGAGUGUAAGGGCCUGAGAUAGUUGGCUACGUUGUCAAGGCUUGCGAGUUGGCUGUCGGCGUCGUGGUGCCUUUCCCUGCCUUCAGGGCGAGAUGGGAGCUUCUGGGAGAGGGCAGGGUGGUUUCUGGAGGUGGGAAUUCCUCAGACGCAUAGUUGUGUUGCUGCCGCUGCUGCUAUGCCCGGCACUUAUAUCGUGCCAGACGCCAGGUCGAAGCGGAAAUGCAGGAUCUGCGUACAGGAUGGAGAAGCAUGUUAUGGGCAUUAACUACGGUCGCAUCGCGGACAACCUCCCCUCGCCCGACGAAGCCAUCCAGCGAAUUAUGGACUUGAAAAUAGGUCGGGUGAAAAUUUUCAACUCCGAUGCCACAGUCCUUAGUGCACUCGCCAACACGGGCCUAGAAGUUGUAAGCGCACUACCAAAUGAAGACAUCCCUGGCGUUGCGCAGAGCCAGUGGGCUGCAGAUCAGUGGGUGAAGAAAAAUGUCCUGGCUUACUACCCUGCCACAAAUAUAGUGUCCAUCGUCGUCGGGAACGAGCUCUUCUCGUACCCUUCGAUGAAGCCCACGUGGGACAAGCUCAUGACGGCAAUCAACAACGUCCACACAAGCCUCGCGAAGGACAAUCUCACCAGCCGCAUCAAGCUUUCUUCUGCAGUGGCCCUGGAUGUCUUGGCUUCUUCCUACCCCCCUUCAGCUGGUUCUUUCAGAGAAGAGCUUGUGGGACCAUAUUUACAGCCACUGCUGAAGUUUCUCUACAACUCACAGUCGCAUUUUUACGUCAACGUGUAUCCCUACUUCGCCUGGGCAAGCGAUCCCAACAAUAUACCCCUGAAUUACGCUCUCUUCGGAGCUUCAACCCCAGGCGUCGUCGACAAUGGUAAGGCGUACUACAACAUGUUGGAUGGCCAACUCGAUGCUGUUAAUGCUGCUCUUCAGAAAGUUGGGUAUGGGCAGGUGAGGCUGGCGAUCAGCGAGACGGGCUGGCCUACUGCCGGUGACGCCAACCAAGCGGGGUGCAACCUCGCCAACGCUGCCACUUACAACCGGCGUCUCGUAAGGAAAAUGGUAUCGCCCACGAAUGUGGGCACUCCCAUGCGUCCCGGUGUCUACAUACCCACAUUUAUUUUUGCACUUUUUAAUGAAGAUCAGAAGACGGGACAGGGUACAGAAAAGCACUGGGGCUUGCUCUAUCCGAAUGGAACGAACGUCUACAGUAUCGACAUGACAGGGAUGCUCUCUGAUGGCCAGUACAGCCCUCUGUCCGACAAUCCAGUCUUCACAAGCGCCCCCCCUCCAACAUUCUCCCCUGGACUUGUCCCUUCUACAAGUGGAACCUGGUGUGUUGCGAAGUCUGGGAUUGGACAAGAGAUGCUGCAGGGGGCUCUGGACUUUGCUUGCGGCGCAGGGGGUGCCGAUUGCCAACCACUUCAGGCGGGAGGCUCCUGCUUCAACCCCAAUACCAUCCACGAUCACUCUUCAUACGCUUUCAACAGCUACUACCAGAAGACGAAAGCUGCGGGAGGCUCCUGCAACUUUGGUGGUGCUGCCAUGCUUUCCACCACUGAUCCAAGCCAUGGCACCUGCAAGUUUCCGAUCAGUUGAAUGGUCGUUGCAUAAUUUGCACCCGAAGUUCGCUCUCGCUAGAGAAGGGAUGCUCUCUCGAAUGGCGAAUCCAUUCAGAGAGCGUUUAUGUAUAGUUUGUCAGAGCCUCUCCAGAGUUAGCACAGGUUUGGAGAAGCUUGUUACUGGCCCCUUCUAACUCCCACGCUUCCAGAUAACCACAAGCUAACGAAUUGGUUAGUAGUGUGGAGCACUUUGUCAGCUGGAUCAAUCUGCCGUAUUAGAUAUUAUCAAGAUUUUUAAGGAUCUGUUGAGGGUUAGAAACAGCGGGUCUCUACCUGGCCUUGCUCCUAGACAAUUAUAAUCUCAAGGCAAUUAUAUUUUCGGAUAAAGGUAGAAAGCGUGUUGCAAUCUUUCAACCCUAUUUUGAGGCUCACCCACGAAUUGAAAUUACUUUGUUAUCAAUUAAGUGAGUUUUUUCUUUCACAGA